AUGAUGUCGCGAAGCUCCCUCCGUUCGGCUCAGGCCCUCCGCGCCGCCACUCCCCAGCCCCGGCUCUCCCGAACCAUGGCCACGAUCCAGUCCGAUCUCUUCAAGCCCGCCAAGUACGGCGGCAAGUACACAGUCACGCUGAUCCCCGGUGACGGUAUCGGCGCCGAGGUCGCCGAGUCGGUCAAGACGCUCUUCAAGGCCGACAACGUCCCCAUUGAGUGGGAGCAGGUCGAGGUCACUGGUAUCGAGCAGGGCGGCGGCCGCACCGAGGCGGCCUUUCGCGUGUCGGUCGAGUCGCUCAAGCGCAACAAGCUCGGCCUCAAGGGCAUCCUACAUACCCCCGUCUCGCGCUCCGGUCACCAGUCUUUCAACGUGGCCCUCCGCCAGGAGCUCGACAUUUACGCCUCCAUCUCCCUCAUCAAGAACAUUCCCGGAUACGAGACGCGCCACAAGGACGUCGACCUGUGCAUCAUCCGUGAGAACACCGAGGGCGAGUACUCGGGUCUCGAGCACCAGUCCGUCCCCGGCGUUGUCGAGUCGCUCAAGAUCAUCACCCGCGCCAAGUCGGAGCGCAUCGCCCGCUUCGCCUUUUCCUUUGCUCUCGCCAACGGCCGCUCCAAAGUCACCUGCAUCCACAAGGCUAACAUUAUGAAACUCGCCGACGGCCUCUUCCGUAGCACCUUUCACAACGUCGCCAAGGAGUACCCCACCCUCGAGGUCAACGACAUGAUUGUCGACAACGCCUCUAUGCAGGCUGUCUCCCGCCCCCAGCAGUUUGACGUCAUGGUCAUGCCCAACUUGUACGGCGGCAUUCUCUCCAACAUUGGUGCUGCGCUCGUCGGUGGCCCCGGCAUCGUCCCUGGCUGCAACAUGGGCCGUGAGGUCGCCGUUUUCGAGCCCGGCUGCCGUCACGUCGGUCUCGACAUCAAGGGCAAGGACCAGGCCAACCCCACCGCCAUGAUCCUGUCCGGCAGCAUGCUCCUGCGCCACCUCGGCCUCGACGACCACGCCAACCGCAUCUCCAAAGCCAUCUACGCCGUCAUCGCCGAGGGCAAGGUUCGCACCCGCGAUAUGGGCGGUGUUUCCACGACGCACGAGUUUACCCGCGCCAUCCUCGACAAGAUGGAGACUAGCUAA